AUGAGCAGCUCGAAUGACUUGGUGGCCAGGCUGCUGUUUCGGUUGUCGCCGUUCUUGCGCGUGACGAUCGUGCUGAGUGGGGCCGUGCUCGUACAUCUCACGCUGGGAACAUAUCAUACUUUUGGCAACAUGCUCCCCUAUAUGGCCUCCUACCUCCGGAAUUACACGGACCACAACGUGCGCAUCGAGCAUAUGAUGUGGAUUCCGAUGCUGCAGGGCGCUUUUCCGUUCGCGAUGGUGAUUGGCGGUGCGUUGUCGCUAAAGCUCGGGUCGAGGACGGCAGCGGUUAUCGGAUGCUCAAUUUGCACGCUGGGCGUCUACCUCUCCUCACUUUCCAUCAAGCACUCCCUUCCCGCUUUCACAUUCACCUACGGGCUGCUGUUCGGCAUCGGCGAGGGGAUCAGCUACGUUGUGGCCGUCACCUGCGUCAUUAAUUGGGCCCCUGACCGAGUUGGCCUUGUCUCCGGAAUCGUGGCUGCCGGCUUCGGCUUGUCGUCUUCGAUCUUCGCGCCGAUACAGACAGCUCUCGUCAACCCGUGGAACCACCCGGCCACCAAGGAUGGCUACUUCGUGCAGCCUGAACUGCUCGAGCGUGUGCCGCAAGUGUUCCUCACCCUCUCCACCGUAUAUCUGAUUAUGCAGUGCAUCGGGGUGAUUGUCAUCUGCGAUCCGCCGGAGACGGAAAGCACGCGCCGACGGAAUCAAAGCGCCUCCUCAGACGAGCCGGUGCUCUCCAGUGAUGAGGACGACGACUUGAAGCACCCCCAAUCCCCCUCCCUCACCCCGGGGGAAAUGAUGAAGAGCUCAACGUUCUACUUCCUCUUCGCCGCCCUAUUCUGCUGCAGCUUCUAUGCGAACAUGUUCUACAACUUGUACAAGACCUACGCCGAGACGUUCAUCAGCGACGACUUCUUUCUGGCGCUCUGCUUCUCGAUCGGGAGCGUGGCAAAUGCGAUUGCGAGGAUUGGAUGGGGAUAUCUGUCGGAUAAGACAAGCUUUCAGCUGACAAUUGCCAUCGCGUGCUGCUCCGCCUCCGGGCUUUUGUUGUCGAUGCCGCUGACGCAGCACUUGGGGCAGACGGCUUAUCUUAUUUGGCUGAUCCUGCUAUUCAUUUGCAUGGCUGCAACACACGCCCUUUUCAUCACGGCGGCCGUGAAGUGCUUCGGGCCCAAAUAUAAGGGCCCAAACUAUGGCCUGCUCAUCUUCUCCACGAGCUGUUCCGGGACGAUCCUCUCCAUAGCCUCAGAAUAUUGGCUUCCGCUGAUCGGCUACAACUGGGCCUUCAUCAUCACCGCAGCUUUUCCCUUCACCGCCUUCGUCCUCACAUCGACAAUCCAGUACACCAAACACGGCCAUUACAUCUGC